GCCUGGCGCCCUCGAGCACUUGCCCUCGACGACGCCGGCCGGAAGCCAGGCACAGGGCCGCUCCGCACACCGCCGCCACUCGCCCACUGCCCUGCGCCUCCUCGCCCCGCCCGGCAUCCUGCGCUGCUGCCCUGCGCCGCCUCGCCUCACCUCCCCGCACCUGCAGCCCUUCGCCCGCAGCCACUGCUGCUCCGCCGUCGCGGUGGCUGCUGCUUCUCUGCCGCGAGCGUCGCCCCGCAGGAUUCCCUGCGCUCGCUUCCCCUCAUCUUCCCCAAUUUCUCUAUUCAGCUCCGGCGGCUCCCGACACUUUCCGUGCCUUGCUGUGCUACCUGCACGGCGACUUGAUGCCCCUGCUCGCUGGCGAUUUACUGGUAUUGGGGCACUGAAAUAAGAGAAGUAGGCGAGGAGAUGGCCGCUGGGAGCAAAGCCGGUGGCAGCGAUGGGGAUGAUGGCGAUUCGACUGGAGCUUGGCGGGCGGAGGAGGCUGUAGCUGGAAACCGCAUGGCGCUUGAUGCUCUGCGGGAGCUUGUGGUAUAUCCCUUCAUCUACGCACGCCAGUCGCGUCUUCUCGGCCUCAAGUGGCCCAGAGGAUUGCUUCUCUACGGUCCCCCUGGCACCGGAAAGACAAGCCUGGUUCAAGCCAUGGUUCGAGAAUGCAAUGCCCACCUGACAAUGAUCAAGUACUGGCUCAACUUGAUGUCAUUGAUACUGCAGUUUUUAAUACGACGAACACAGGACCCAUAUUCUGUGCAUAAAGCUCAUGCUGGAGAGGGUGAGAAGUUCCUGCGUGAAGCUUUCUCUGAAGCAUAUUCUCAGGCGUCACAGGGUAGACCAGCCAUUAUUUUCAUUGAUGAACUGGAUGCCAUAUGUCCACGCCGCGAUAACAAACGAGAGCAAGAGUCCCGCAUUGUUGGUCAGCUGCUGACUCUGAUGGAUGGAAACAAGAAAACAGUGAAGCUUCCUCAUGUAGUUGUUGUUGCAUCAACCAACAGAGUGGAUGCGAUUGAUCCAGCACUGAGAAGGCCAGGACGUUUCGAUUCAGAGAUAGAGGUCACUGUUCCCUCCCUAGAAGAAAGGUUGCAGAUUCUUAAGCUUUAUACCAAGAAUCUACAUCUUGAUUCAACUGUUGAUCUUCAAACUAUCGCUGCAUCCUGCAAUGGUUAUGUUGGAGCUGAUUUACAAGCUCUAUGUCGAGAAGCUGCCCUACUUGCGUAUCGUAGAUUGUCAAACUCAUCUGAGGAUGAGAAGGUUCACACACUUAUCAUGGCAGACUGGGAGUCCGCUAGAUCUCAGGUCAGAGCAAGCAUGACAAGAGGGGUAACAAAAGAAGUUUCAACUGUUUUAUGGGAUGAUAUUGGGGGUUUGCAAGAUCUAAAGAAAAAGCUUCAGCAAGCUGUUGAGUGGCCCAUCAAACAUGCUGCUGCAUUUGCUAGACUAGGGAUAUCACCAGUUCGUGGUGUGCUUCUGCAUGGUCCUCCAGGGUGCUCAAAGACCACCCUUGCCAAGGCUGCAGCACAUGCUGCCCAAGCUUCUUUCUUUUCUUUGAGUGGUGCAGAAUUAUAUUCGAAGUAUGUUGGAGAAGGUGAAGCUUUGUUGCGAAGAACAUUCCAGAGUGCACGCCUUGCUGCUCCUAGCAUUUUAUUUUUUGAUGAGGCUGAUGCAAUUGCUCCUAAAAGAACUGGUCCUGGUGGAAACAGUGGCAAUGUCACAGUUGGAGAAAGACUCCUGUCCACUUUGUUGACCGAAAUGGAUGGCUUAGAACUGGCUACGGGGAUUAUUGUUUUGGCUGCUACUAAUCGUCCCAAAGCAAUUGAUGCAGCUCUUCUCCGCCCAGGUCGUUUUGAUAUGGUGUUGUAUGUUCCACCGCCUGAUGUGCAAGGUCGGCACGAGAUACUGCGCAUCCAUACACGGAAAAUGAAGUUGGGGGAGGAUGUGGACCUUGUGAAGAUAGCAGAGUGCACUGAGCUGUUCACUGGUGCUGAUCUUGAAGGCCUGUGCAGGGAAGCAGGAAUGGCAGCCCUGAGGGAAGAUCUGUCAGCAAAUUCCAUACACAAAGCUCAUUUCGAGGCCGCAAGAAGGUCACUGAGGCCAUCACUGACAAAAGCAGAAAUUGAUGAGUAUGCAGCCGCCGCCAUCCAUGGUCUGUCAACGAGGAAACACUGAGAUGCACUUGUGUUUAAACUUGCGUAACAAACAAUCAUGGAUUUAUUGUACUCAGAUCAGUUUAUCCUUGGACAAUGCAAUUGCUGGGCGGUUACCCAUUGAUAAUUUUUUUGUACCA